AUGCUCUCUGUCCAGCCAGACACCAAACCGAAAGGUUGUGCUGGCUGCAACCGUAAGAUCAAGGACAGGUAUCUCCUCAAGGCCCUGGACAAAUACUGGCAUGAGGACUGCCUGAAAUGUGCCUGCUGUGACUGUCGUUUGGGGGAAGUGGGCUCUACCUUGUACACCAAAGCCAACCUUAUCCUCUGCCGCCGAGACUACCUAAGGUUAUUUGGUGUGACUGGAAACUGUGCAGCCUGUAGCAAGCUUAUCCCCGCGUUUGAGAUGGUGAUGAGAGCCAAGGACAACGUCUACCACUUGGACUGUUUUGCGUGUCAACUGUGUAAUCAGAGAUUUUGCGUGGGAGACAAAUUUUUCCUAAAGAACAACAUGAUUCUCUGCCAGACGGACUAUGAAGAAGGUUUAAUGAAAGAGGGCUACGCCCCCCAGGUCCGCUGA